AGCCACAAUACCUUUCGGGUAAAAGUUGCGCCAGACGGAGAUAACCACUAUUAACGUGGAGGCCAUGAUGCAUCAUCUAGUAAUGGCGCAUGCUCGCUAAUGGCUAGCCCACAAGGCAACAUCGGAUCCGGACAAGCGGCCAGUCUGUUUGUCCGACUCGUUUUGGCGUCCAUCCAAGUUCAAGCAUUAUCGAGCCUCUCUGGGCAUUUUCGUGUGGUUCGCGCGAUCGUAAUUCGCACUAUUUCGCGGCCGAAUCAACGUGGCGUGGUGCCUCGUCCGUCUUACUGGUACCUAGAGCACGCAUUGUGCGUGGGGCUUCUGCUUAAGUCCGCAGAACCAGAGCGUGAUAGACCCGACAGGCAUGCGAUAGGCGAGACGACAAUGGAACGGUUACAAGUGGCUAUGCUGUCGCGCGAGAAAAGAAUACGGUGUUAUACGAAUAAGCUAUCGGCAUGAAAGCUGCGAUAGCAAGUGCGAUAAUAUAGAAGCACAGGACGAUCAUGCAAUUACAACACACACGAAAAUACAAUUCAGGAGUGGCUACUUUCAUGAUGUGAGUGUGAAUAAGUAUAUUGGGUUCAAUACGCACUACUAAAGCCUGCCAGCCCCCAGAGAGACAGC